AUGCCGCUCUUGCAGUAUCGCGCUAUCCUCAUUGUGGUUAUCUGUGGAUUGUACCUCACGUACGUUGUCUACGCGAUCGGCUUCUUUCAUAGCCCUGCGCCUUCAAGAACACACAUGAAAUCGCUCGCUUGUCGGUAUCGUGUGUCGACGAUCACCAAGAUGCAGAAGGAAAAGGAUGAAGACAUGGAUAGAAAGGAAAUGAUCCUCAAGCAGCUUGCGGCCUCCGAUCGGCCGAGUGGCAAGACAGUCGAAGCUCCCAAAGACUCUGCUCCACCAGGAGCGAUUCCAGACUACAUGUACUUCUUCUUCCCUAUCCUCGGGGCCUUCACCGCCUUUGCUGUGCAGUACUUCAGCAAGAGUCAGCUCCCCUUCGGAUAG